GAACAUUUCACCUCUCUCACUCAUCUCUGAUAGCUGCAGCUUCUCUCGGUGGAGCUUGAAGCAGGUCAACAGCACCCAUUUCUCCCACUAGGAUCAUUCUCAGUGACUUCUUUAAGGCACCAACGGCUGGUGAGAGAGUUGCAGACGGGGAGGGAAGGCCGCAUCGGUACCUCUUCCGUUUGGCGCAAUUCGUAUCGGUAGCUCUCGGGGGCAGGUCUCACAAGCUACAUCUCGACGUGUUGGCGACGCUGUUAUCAGCAGCUGCUGGCGCCAGGCAACGUCCUGGACUUACCGCGACGAGAUGGGCAAACCGGAGCCAGAAAUCGCAUCUGGGCCAUCCACUGCCCCUAACGCUUCGCAGACCGCGCCUGCAGCCUCUGGUGAUGUCCCCACGCCGAUCACUUCGCUCGAGCUGGAUAUUCUCAAAGGAGAUAAGAUCUACUUUGCGGACCAUUUCGAUCAAGCCACGAAAGAAUACCUCACGGAACUAGCAACGCGUAUCGGUGCUACUUUGAGCAGCCAGGUCGAUUCCAAUAUAGCGAUCAUGAAUCCAUACUCUAAAUCAUACAAGAACGAUACACAACAGCUCGCCAAUUUACGAUCCAAAUAUCCCAACCUCCCACAUCCCAUCAUCAUCCCAUACCAUUGGCUCACGGCAAGUCUGGCCCAAGGCGUUCGUAUACCUUUGGAUACGCUCGUGAAGAAGCUUCCGAUCCUUGUGCAGCCAUCUCCAGCUGUCAAUCGGGCUCCCUUGAGGAUAUGGGUAUCUGUCAACCUUCAUCGAGCGUCUCAGGAACGGGACGCACAUGAGGCGCAGAGACAAGUCCAAAAGCAAUUACUGGAACGAGGAGCGCUCAUUGUAGUCAAGCGAAGUAUGGCUGAUAUCCUCAUCGUGGAUCGAAAAUCUGUAUUCUUCAGCAAGAUUAUCUUACGGGAACGUCAAAAGUAUAAUCGAAAGACUCAGCGAAUCGUGGAAAGGGACUGGGUGGAUGACUGUAUCAAGAGUGGGAAAAUGGUCUGGCCGCCAACGGAGGAAGAGGAGGGAGAGGUCGACUCUAUGGCUGAAGAGGAACCACCAAAGGUUGGCAGGGGACCAGGGAGACCGCCUGGCAAACCUCGGGUAGAGUACACACCCGAGGAUGGAGACUUCUUAUGUCGAUACCUGGCUGCUUUCCAUCCUUCAGGGUCUUGGAUGUCAAAAAAGACGUACACGACGAUGGCUGCACGAGCCUCUGAAUUCCCCAUUAUUGCCCGUCAUUCGGACCAAUCGUGGCACGAACAUUUUAAGAAGAACUCUGCGACGUAUCAAAGACGAGUCGACCGCAACAUCAGCGAAGGGAUAGAUGAAUCGCUCAAAACUACCGCUGAGAGGGAAAAGGAGGGCAACACGAAUGCCAAUCAGCAGCCAGUAUUGGUGGAGGACACUCAUUCCACUCAGCCAAGCGCUGAGCCGAGCGAUGAGACGAGUGCCAACGCAAGAUCAAUCAAGAAGCUACCUGAAUCGACACUACCUGAAUCGACAAACGUCGAUACCGCACAUGCAGAGAGCUCCAAUGCUCCCCUGACAGUCGCCGAACGUGAGGGAGCUAGACUAACUCAGAUGGCCGCAGACGCCAUACAGACCGAUACUGCCCUCCCGGAGGCCACGAUAGCUGUCGAAGCUCCUCCUGAGCCUGCGCCGUCACAGACACAUCAUGAUCCUGUCUCUGGUCCAAGCACGAAGCGCAGACGAUUAGUCGGACCUGACGACGAACGCGAUGUGGCAUCGCUCACGGAGCAAGCUGCGGAUCUGCAAGAACAGGACGUGAUCGUCAUCGAGGAGACUACCAGUGUUGUCGUCAUGGAAGUAGACCCAACGCCAGCUCCCCUGUUGCCGCCGUCGCCACCGCCUCCUGCUCCGGCUCCUGAGGCCAUGGCAAGCGUUCCGACGCUUCCGACGCCUCAAGUCGUCCCCGUCGCUCCACCAUCAGAGCCCUCGGCGGUACCUGAGCCCUUGGCACAUCCCUGGUCAGCUGCUGUUCUCAACACGAUGCAAACACCAGCUGGUGGUCCACGACGCAGCACAGGUCGCGCGAGCGGUAGUGGUCAGCGUAGUAAAACCAAGAAGAAGGAUCCGCUGUUGACGCCGAAUCAAACUCCUGGCCGCGAUCUUCUCGCUGAAAAGAUUCGAUCGAGCGAAGUCAAACGACACCGUCAACUUGAACUCGUGGCCUACAAUGGCCGAGUCCCUGAGAAACCCACAGAACCCGACAUGAUCUCCGUGCCCAGAGCCAUUGCGACUGCCUCAGAGCACAUAGCAACAUUAUCGAAAGAGGCGCCUGCCGACGCAGAGGCUGUACAAAAUACGCGCAAGCAGCGGACUCCUUCGCCUCCUCUCUCGAAACGCGAGCGAGAGGCCCAGCUUGCACAUGCGAAAGAAGUCGCUGCUGCGAUGCAAGCAGAGUACAAGACGCGAUUGUACGGAUUCGCGAAGAAGUACGGUCUGAAACCUUCUGAAGUCGUCAGUGCGCUUGACGAGUGGAAACAACGUAGAGUGGGGUCCGUAGGUGGGAUUGAAGGGGGAGACGUGUUCUGGAACCAUAUGUCACAGGCCUUGAAGGAGAAGUUUGGGUUCUAGGAGGGAGGGGAAGGUGAAGACAGUGUAAUGAUGAUUUAUGUGUAGCUGGGGAUUGUAAGAUUCUCCCGAGGGGACACCGGGAGCCUUAUGGAUAGAAGAUGGAUUCUCAGUUGAUGAUUGGCUCAUGCAUGAUGACGUUGACAUGAGCAACCGUGAGCUAUAAGAUCAGCGUUCAGGAAGCCGGAACAAGUGGCUUAGCUGACCUCU